CAACCGGAGCCACGCGCGUUCUUGAAAAAUAAGGAAAAACGGGGGAAAGGAGGUGAAGCCGCUGUCCUCUUCGUUUGCUGCUGCACCAUCUUCAUCAUCACCAUCAUCCCGCCCCCUCCCCUCCUGGUCUCCCCCUCCCCCCAGUGAAGGCAUGAGCAAUUAUAACAGCGACAAAAGAGAGAGUGUGUGGUAGAGAGACCUUGAGGCAGACAGAGAGGGACAAAGAGGGAGAGGAGUGGGCUGCAGAGCUCCAGAGCGGAGAAGAAGAGGAGGAAGAGGAGACGGCGGAGCCUCCAUCAUCACCUUCCAGUGAAAUGUGAAGAAGCUGCUGUGCUGAAACAAACUGAGGGUAAACUGAGCAGUCUGAAGUGGAGCUCUGAGUGACUCAUGAAGAUGACUGUGGAAGAAAUCUUCUGAAGCUGUGUUACUGUGAAGAGUCUUCAGCUUCAGACCUGCAGCUCUCUGAGUGGAGGACACAUGAGCUGCUGUCAGAUGGAGGGAAAUGUGACUGAAAAGCGCCAUCGAACAAGGUCCAAAGGAGUCAGAGUUGCCGUGGAAGCAGUCACACAGGAGUUAUUCAGCUGUCCCACCCUGGGCUGUGACGGCAGCGGCCACGUCAGCGGGAAGUAUGCUAGACACCGCAGCAUAUAUGGCUGUCCACUGGCCAAAAAGAGGAAGACUUUGGACAAACAACCACUGGAACCAGCUGCCAAAAGACGGCCCUUCCUGUCUCCGCGCGCCGGUCAGGAAAUAGACGAGAAUGCCGGCAGCUUCAGCAGCUACCAGAAUGACGCCAUGAAGACUGGACUGGAGGGAGAGGAGCGAAGGGAGGUAGCAGAGGAGGAUGAGGAAGAGGAUGAAGAAAAAGAGAUAGAUGAAGACGGAGAGGUGGAAGACGACUUCUCAGAGGAUAAUGAGGAGCAAGGGGAUGAAGAGGAGGAAGAAGAAGAGGAGAGAGGAGACGUGAGAAUAAGAGUUGAACACGAGGAUGAAGAAGAGGUCAGAGGGCUGGAUGAGGAGGAUGACGUUGAUGAUGAUGAGGAACAGGAGGAGGAUGACGUUGAUGAUGAAGAGCAGAUGAACUGCCAGCAGACAGUGAAACAGUUCAAACCCAACGGACAAUCAAAGCUUGGUCCAGUUGAGAAGGACAACAACAACAACAGCUGCGGUCCUGGAAACAGCACUGGAGAGGACUAUGAGAACUAUGACGAGCUGGUCGCCAAGUCUCUGCUCAACCUUGGCAAGAUUGCAGCAGAUGCAGCCUACCAGGCCAUGACCGAGUCAGAGAUGAACAGCAACUCAUCUAACAGCGCUGGGGAGGACGACGAAGAUGAUGCUAGUGAACAGGGGGACAGAAAGGGUGAGCUGAGUGUGGACCUGGACAGUGAUGUGGUCCGGGAAACCGUGGAUUCCCUGAAGCUUUUGGCUCAGGGUCAUGGCGCCAUCCUACCUGAAGAUGAGUACCCACAUGCUGCCAUGAUGAAUGAUGGGAAACAUGCAAAUGGAGCACCUUGCAUGAGGGUCAAGGCUCAGGACAGCGGAGAGGAGGUGUGUCUGAAUAGUCUAGAGUGUCUGAGGAACCAGUGCUUUGAUCUGGCCCGGAAACUGAGUGAGACCCAGCCUUCCGAUCGGCCCAUCCUCCACUCCCUCCAAAACCAAUCCAUCAACCCAGCAGAUCAACAGGGUGUGCAUCACCUGAACAGGUAUGACAGCAGCCAUCAAAAUGCACUGGAGGAGCCCAGACUUCUGGAUCGUCGUUAUUCAGACAUGGUGAACUUAAUGAAGCUUGAAGAACAGCUGAGCCCCGCCUCCAGAGGUUACCCAACCAGCCAAGACGGGGAUGAGGACACCACAUCCAUAGCCUCCGACCACUCAGACGAGACCUUUGACAUGGCCAAGGGAAACUUGUCCUUGCUGGAGAAGGCCAUUGCUCUGGAAUCAGAAAGGGCAAAGGUCAUGAGGGACCGUAUGGCCUCAGAACACUCAAUGCCCCGCCGGGAUCAGCAUUACCACCGGAGCCACGGUGAGCACAGCCCCAGGCUGAGCAGCUCCGCCGAGGAGCGCAAGUCCAGGAUGCAGCAAGAUGGACUGAAGCGAGCAUACUACCCUAAAGAUUCUUCCAGAGGAGAAAAAAAGGAGAGCAAGUGUCCGACGCCUGGCUGUGAUGGUACCGGUCACGUGACGGGCCUGUACCCUCAUCACCGCAGCCUUUCUGGGUGCCCCCACAAAGACAGGGUCCCACCUGAGAUCCUUGCCAUGUAUGAAAAUGUUUUAAAGUGCCCUACUCCCGGCUGCUCUGGACGGGGUCAUGUCAAUAGCAACAGGAAUUCGCACCGCAGUCUGUCAGGUUGUCCCAUUGCUGCUGCAGAGAAGAUGGCAAAGGUGCAUGAAAAGAGUCACUCAGCUGACAGCAGCAAGACCAACCAGACAUCAGAUCGGGUCCUCAGGCCAAUGUGUUUCGUUAAGCAGCUGGAGAUUCCUCAAUAUGGCUACAAGAACAACGUUCCCACCAGCACACCACGGUCCAACCUGACGAAGGAGCUAGAGAAAUACUCCAAGACCAGCUACGACUACGGGGGCUACGACUGCCAGCAGGGAAGCUACGGCAAGAGAGGCUCAACAACCAAGUCCCAACACGGGCGUGACACCUCCCCAAAGGGAUACGACGCAAAGCGCUACGGAAAGACAAGCCCUGCCAGCAGCACCACCAGCAGCUACGCCCCCAGCAGCAGCAGCCUGAGCUGUGGGGGAGGAGGGGGUGGAGGGGGCAGUAGUGCCAGCAGCACCUGCAGCAAGAGCAGCUUUGACUACACCCAUGACAUGGAGGCGGCCCACAUGGCAGCUACAGCCAUCCUCAACCUGUCCACCAGGUGUCGAGAGCUCCCAAAUGCCUUGGGGGGGAAGCCUCAGGACCUGCUUUCACAGAGUCCGGUUGGUGAUCUGGAUGAUGGCAGUGAGCUGGACCUGGAGGGUCAGCCUGGUGGUCCAGAGGGCAGCGGGACAGUGCUGACGCCGCUGCAGCCAAUGUCGCCGCAGCGCCACGCUCUGCUCAGCAGCCGCUGCUAUCAGCUGAGCGACAGCGACUGCUGGGACCUGCCGGUGGACUACACCAAAAUGAAGCGGCUGGGGGACGAGCACAAGGAGUCUGCUUGCUUCUCCUCUAUGCUCCAGAGUGACGAGCUGGAUCCCUUCCAGGAGCUGCUGGAGGAGCAGCGUUACCCGGCAGAGGUGACCACGCCCAGCUCCAAACACCACAAAUACUCCCCCUGCAAGGAGAGCAAGAAAGAGCUCAUCACCCUGUCCAGUUGUCAGUUGAUCGACAAAAAUAUCCGCAACAUGUUGCCGACCAACUCCCAGGAGCUGCGGUGUCCAACUCCGGGCUGCGAUGGCUCAGGACACAUCACUGGAAACUACGCUUCUCACAGGAGUCUGUCCGGAUGUCCACGGGCAAAAAAGAGCGGCAUUAAAAUCCUGCAAAGCAAAGAGGACAAGGAUGAGCAGGAGCCAAUCAAGUGUCCGGUUCCUGGCUGUGAUGGACAGGGUCAUGUGACAGGAAAGUACGCCUCUCAUCGCAGUGCAUCAGGCUGCCCCCUGGCUGCAAAGAGGCAGAAAGACAGCUACGUUAACGGCUCUCAGUUUGUGUGGAAAUCUGGGAAGACAGAUGGCAUGACAUGUCCAACUCCAGGCUGCGACGGCUCUGGACACGUCAGCGGGAGCUUCCUGACCCACCGGAGUCUGUCCGGCUGUCCUCGUGCCACCUCAGCCAUGAAGAAAUCCAGGAUGAGCGGCGUGGAGAUGCUGACAAUCAAGCAAAGAGCAAGCAAAGGCAUUGAAAACGACGAGGAAAUCAAACAGCUUGACGAAGAAAUCAAAGAUCUGAAUGAGUCCAACAAUCAAGUGGAGUCAGACAUGAUCAAACUGAGGACACAGAUCACCACCAUGGAGACCAACCUGAAGUCCAUGGAGGAGGAGAACAAGGCUGUGGAGCAGCAGAACGACUCGCUGCUGCAUGAGCUCGCCAACCUCAGCCAGUCCCUCAUCAACAGCCUGGCCAACAUCCAGCUGCCGCACAUGAGACCGCUGCCACAGAAAGAGGCCCCAGUAAAGCAUAGCUGCUGUUUGCAGAUGCCUCCCAGAGAACCUAUGAAUGAGCAGAACUUUGACACGUAUGUGAGCACACUGACAGACAUGUACACCCACCAGGAUCAGUACCAGAGUCCGGAGAACAAGGCACUGCUGGAGAACAUCAGGCAGGCAGUUCAGGGCAUCCAAGUCUGAGUCAGGCCACGCCUCCAAACCAAACUGGGAGCAAGACAGUCUCAUGCUGCUGUCAAGUACGCUCCGCGUCCAUCUGUGUCUCUUUCUGUUGGUUGUUGUUGCCUUGCUUUACAGAAACUGUUGUUUUAAACAUUUUGAACAUGUUCAUGUGAUCUAAUGUGAUAUUCUGUUCAUAGCUGCUGAUGUUUGAACAUUCUGCUGUACACUUCUUUAAGUAAGCCUGAUUCUUUUGAUGUUCAACGUGAACACGAAACACAGAGAGCCGCUCUGAUGUCUCCGUGUGGACGUUACUGUAAAUUUACGAGAAGCGUGUCAAACUUCACCACACGGAGACCCUCUGGUGCCCCCCCCCCCCCCCCCCGAGCGGUGCUGUUCCUGUCCUGUCCUGUGGGUGCGAGUUUCCCGAAGGGACUGCAGAAAAUGUUGGAGACAAUCUGCCAUUGUGAGUUUAUUUGAAGUCAUUUAACCUGAGCAGCUAACGGGCAGCGUGUCAGCAAUAUCCAUAUGACCAGACUGAAUAGUCCUUUAGAUGCAAUCUAUAUGGGAAGAAGCGUUUGGGUAUAUGCAAUUUCUUAUGAAUUCAAAUAGAAAAGAGCUGCAGAUCUUUUUAUGAACUGUCUUGCGUUUUGUACAAGCCUUUUCCUACAGUCAUGUAUCAGAAUGGAACAUGGGGGGGGCGGACUGUGGUUCUGUCGUUGAGCGACCUCAUUCCAUGUUUGGAUGUUUUAUUGUGGAAGAGGCGUUGAAGGCUGAAGAUAUGCAGCUUACUGGACUUACAGGGUCAAGCAUUCCCACUGGAGAUUGCACUCUUCAGUCAUGCAUCUGAGCCGCAGCAGAACUGCUCCUAAAUCUUCUGCAAGAAGAGGAAAAAAAAGCCACGUGCACUAAACCUGCACGUCAGUGACACAGGUCUGAAAUCCUGCAGCAUUUGCAGCUGGGGCAGAAAAACGGAGUGAAGUGGAGCAAACGUAACCCCUGGCCCUCUUUGACCCCCCACCUCACAGAUGUUCUCAUUUAAAACCUUGAAGUUUGCAGGAUGUGAGGUCCUGCACAGAUCUUCAGAAUGGUCAAAACAUCAGUCUGUGUGUCCCUUCUACAAAAUCCUGGUCUGUCUUUGGAGGGUCUGCUGUGCAUGCACAGGGGAGGGCGGGUUCCAGGGGCUCCAACACCCUCAGUCCUAAGCAUAUGGAAUCGGUUGAAUAGAGAAAAGAGUGAGUGUGGGGCUGUGAUGAGCAGGUGACCUGCCUUUCCCCUGUGAAAGCAGAGAUCUUUCCUAAAAACUGGAAGAAUCGAGCAUACAUGUCUGUGCAUGAGGGGGACCCCCCACUCCCAGCAGGUCUUUAGCAUCUGAACACUUUGAAGGUGUAAGAAGGACAUGCAGACUGACUGCUGAGUUUGAGUUGGACUAGAGGGUCAGGGUUAGGGAACACGCCAACUCUUAAACUUUUUCAAAUCAGUUCAAGCAGUAAAUCCACUUUUCCAGGCAUCCCAAACUGUACAGAAGAGGAGACCUUCCUUUUAAACUGCUGUUCAUGUUUUUGCUUUCACUGAUGUCCCUCUGCCUCUGGUCUGCUCAGAGCUGUGUGUCUGCAGCUUCCAUCUCCUCAUCAGACACACAGACUCGUCAUUCAUUACACGACUUAAAGCACAAUUCUAUCACUUAUGCUCAGCCGGUAAUCUGGAUAUCAGCUAACUGUGUAUUAACAAAGACUAACUCCUCAAAUGCAAAACAAAUCAAUCUGAAAUUAUGUGAUAUGAUCCGUUUUUCUCUUUUAUACAUGACUUUCUGUUUUCAGCUGCAGUUUUCUGACCACGGCAUGAGUUUGUUCAUGUUUCUGCUGUACGUUUAUGCUCAUGAGUUGCAAUGUGAAUUUUUCAUUUGACUUGUGAAAUUUGUACAAAUUCCAUUGCGCUGGUGUUGGCAUCUCUGAAUAAAUCUUGUGUUUUAACAUUGA